AUGACCCUUUUUAACCCAACCUCGAUCCUCGUGGGCUUCCUGCUGCUCUACCUAUCGUCCUUCUUCGUCUUUGCGAUCGUUCGAAUUGCGACCGGAAUCUCUAUCCAACGCAUCGGCUACUUUUCGCUCCGCCGUAUCGCAUACGCUCCGAGGGAGGGACUACAGAUCGAAAUCCGGGGUCUUGGCUUCUCGUUACACCCGCCGUCCUUCGCGCAGCCAACAUGGGUCAGCAUUCGACUGACCGAUCUCAAAAUCACGUUGGAUACGGCGACCUUGUCCAAAGGGAAACCUAUUCCUUCACGGGACUUGUUGGGAUCGCCAGCGCCAGGGAGUCCAAAGAACCCGACGAGUCCGAAGAAUACAGGGAGCCCCUCCACAGAAACCGCUACCCCCGAAUCGUCCACCCCGCGCAGUAAAACAUGGAGGUCAUUGACUCGGAUGAAGGAGCGCCUGAAGAGGCUGCAUCGACAGAUCAACUGGCUUGCCCUCGUCGACCUUACUGCAGUCAACACUACAAUUCAUUUUCUGGAAGCUGGUCAAAUCCAAGUCGGGUCGCUCGCAUUGUCGGUUGACACUCGAAGUAAAAUGGUGGAAAGGGGGAAACUCUUUCGUCGCAAGAAGGAUAUGUCUCGGGAAAAGCGCCCGGCUGAAUGGAUAAUGAAUGUGCAGAAUGUUCUUCUCGCUGUGGACGGUCGAGAGCCAACCGAAAUCUUGGAUAAUGUUGGUGUGAACCUCCAUGGGUUGCUUUACAAAGAUCUGGACGGCCUCCGGGAUGCAUCAAUUGCACUCAAAAUUGGGCGACUGCAUAUUCCAUAUGACGAUCUCAACAUGAUGGUACAGCGGAUCAAGUCGACCCAGAAGGCCUCCAAGUCAUCCGCGCCAAUCGAGACCGACGACGAAAUGUCUUUCGCGGACUUUGUGGAGGAGCUGGACAAGCCUGGCAGCCGAGACGAUUCGAUAGUUCAAACGGUUGCAGACUCCAAGGAAUUUGCCAGCUCAAUUCUGCGUGGUAUUCAGGAGAUCCAGGUCGCCUUGAGCUUCUUCCGGCUGUCGCGUGGUCUUCAAUCGCUGUCUGCUGGUCAGAACCCUGUGUACCUGAACGUGGUAUCACACGAACUUGGAAUUGAUCUUCAUCGCAUGGACCAGAAGAGCCCGGAGCAUCGCAUGUACUUCCAACGGAACGAUGUUGCCCACCAAGCAUUGCUCGCAGCCAUUUCUCUAUCAGUCAGUUUGGAUGACGACUCGGGUGAAACCGACAACAUUCUCUACAUUCCCAUGGCCACCACAACGAUCAAGACAACUCUGCCCUCGAAAACUGUCAGUGCUUUUGAAGAUGCGAAUCCCGAGGAGCGGAACUCCAAUGUCCUAUUCGCCAACUUGGUUAUCACAUCGCCGUCUCUUGAUGUGCAGCCAAACCACGUCUCUCGGCUUUUGAAAUUGGCGCAGACGCGAGCAUCCACCCCCCGAGUUAGAAAGCGGAAUAACUCCUCUUUGAUCUCCCGAUUGCUUCCAAAGGCAAGCAUCAAGCUAUCCGUUCACGAACCCGUUAUUCGAUUUGUGCUGCCCAUCGAAAAAGACACGGGCUAUGCAGCCGACUACAACCUCCUAAUUUCCUCCAUCUCCUCAAUUUCACUCGAUGUCGAAUCAUCUCACUCUUCAGAAGGCGGCGCACACUAUUCUCUUUCCUCCAUUUAUCGGGUUGCGUCUCACAAAUUCUACUACCAAACCCCUGCCGGAGAUAAACAUAACUUGCUUACGACAGAGAGUUUGGAACUCAAGUGUCAUUUGAACGCAAGUCCGGAAGUGUGUGUCAUUGCUUCCGGCACACUGAACGACUGCUCUGUUCACAUGAUCAACAGCGAUGUCAAUCGUGGAAUCCGCGAAGUCCUCGAGCAAUUCCGCACGCAUUUGCAGCCGCAGAAACGUGUUCCUAUGCCAUUCAAUGAGCGAAAAUCAAGCCUCCUGAGGAAGCUCCCGCCCUGGCUUCUCCAAUUCACAUUCGAAGCUACGGGUUUUAGCGUUGAAGUUGCCGGAGUUGACACCCCUGUCUCUGAUAUCUCUCGUGGUGUCUCGUUGCAGUUGCAAUCCUGGACCUCGGAAUACAAAGCUCAAAAAACGGAGCACAGUGUCGGCAGUAUCGUUCGACGCCGUACUUCUAGUCACUCCACAAUUGGUGACGAAUCGCCAUUCAGGUUCACUCCCACAUCACCUCCAAGGAACACGCAGCGCGGUGCGACUGAUGGCAGACGAUUGGCUUUCCAUGCGCGUGGUUUCGAUGGAUUUGUCAUUGAAUCGGAUGAUUAUCUUGAGCCCGAACCUUUCUUCUCCAUGCCUAGAUUUGAGAUCGCUUUCAGCACCCAUAGUGAUCGAAUGGGGCCUGUUCUCCAUGUCAACUCGAUGUUCAAGGGCAUUUACCUUCAAUACUCUCUUUACCGCUUCUAUUGUCUAGGUGUUGCGAUUUCCGUGAUUCAGAAUGUGCUCUCGCCUCUUCCAAGAAAAGAUACGGAAGCAAGCUCAGGCAAAUUAAAGAGUGCUGGCAGCAUCUCCUUACCACCCCCUCCAACAUCGCCAUCACAUCAUAAGAAUGAGCUCAUCACAUUUGAUGUCAAGGCAACAGUCUUCCAGCUGAAGAUGAACCUACCAAACGACCCUUCGAUGAUGGUUCAGAUCUACGGGCUUGCGGGCACCUCGCAACGUCUCUCCACCCCCAACAUCAAGGCCAAUCUUGUCCGCGUACACGCCGAGGCACCCAAACUCAAGGGAGUCUGGGCAAGAAUCGGUAGUAUGAACAAUGUCAGGCUUGAUUUCCGCAAGAUGAAAAUGAAGUCGGGCAUGGGAUUCACCGAGGAGAGAUCCAUCGAUCUGUGGGCUGACUUUAUUCGACUGGGCGUUCCUCACCACAUGGUCAUGCAUCGUAUUUUCGAUAAUCUGAUCAACACCUCCAAGGCUUUCAAACAGCUCCAUCAUCGAUUCAAGAACCGAUGCAAAGAAUUUGUGUCUGUUCGAGAGCCCGAGGGCCCGAAGAAGGUGCCCAGGAUAUCACUCCGCAGCAAAGCUCUUCUCUUUGAGCUUGAGGAUGACGCUUUCGAAUGGAAACUAGGUCUCAUCUACCGAACCGGUCUGAUCGAACAGAGUCAAAGACUGGCUCGUGAAGAUGCGUUCUUCCUGAAGGCUCAAAAGAUUCGCGAAACAGACCAGCGACGCGCCUCAUCAAGAUUACGAGCUAAGUCAAGUCACCGCACGCUACGCAGUGAACGGACCAGUCAGGAUACCCGGAGAAGUCGGAGCGCAGAUACACGGCCAAGGCAAGAUGAAUCAACUCGUGGUCGGGGCCGUAAGUUCCGUUAUGACACCGAGGGUGCCACCUGUUUGUCGUCAGUGUACAAGAUCUCUACAGAUGCUGCUUGGAACCGGCUUCAACAACAUAAUGCUCAAGUUUGGAAAGAGAAAAUCGAUGCCGCGCUCAAAUUCCAAGGUACCUCUAUUAAGGAAGUUCGGAAUCUGUUUUCUGGUGCAGACGAGCCGCCAGAUGAUGUAAAGGAGACCGAGACCAUCCUGGCCAUUCCAAACAGGCCAGGUCUGAUGUCAGCACUGAUCAGCGAUGUCAAUCUUGUUAUCGACAAACCCACGUUCCCGAUCGACGAGUUCCCCACAUUCCUCAACCGAAUUGGUAAGGGAAUGCCUCUGGAGAUGAAGUAUGGCUUACUUGUCCCCAUGAGCUUCAAUCUGGAAAUGGGAGAAGCGCGUGUCAACUUGCGUGAUUAUCCUCUUGACCUCCUUCAUAUUCCAGCAUUACGACCUGGACAGUCUCCCAGGCUGCCUAGCUGGUCUUUGAGGACGAACUUUGUUAUUGCUGAAGAAUUCCGCGAUCAUCAAUCUGCCAGACAGGUAGAAGUGGAACUUGUUCCGCCUACCGAUCUCUCCGACGGCUCUCAUAGCGAUCCGUUCCACAUCAAGGUGUGGCGGUCUGUCACGCCCGUGAAGACUUAUUCCGAACCCGUAAUUGAGAUCAACACUAGCAUGCCUACGAGUAUUUCUUGGGGAGUCUCGUACCAGCCCGUCAUUCAAGACAUGAUGAAAAUCAUCGAAGGCUUUACCAAGCCCGAAAUCGACCUUUCAGAGAGAGUCGGAUUCUGGGACAAGAUUCGACUCAGCUUCCACUCUCGCAUCAGGGUGCUCUGGAAAGAAGAUGGCGAUGUCCAUUUGCGCCUCAAAGGUUCUCGCGAUCCUUACGUUGUGACUGGAUUUGGAAGCGGCUUCGUCAUGUGCUGGCGAAGAGAUGUCAAGUGGGAAAUCAAUUGCAGUGAUGACCCGAUGGAGUUCAUGGGCGUGACCAGUGGUGAAUACGUUCUAGCCAUUCCAGAUUACAGCGCGGAGGCUCGAUGGGCAAACGAAUCGACUACGGAAGACAUGGACAGCAGCUCCGCAUCCAGCGAGCAGAAGAAUGCGGCUCAUUUCAAGAAGGUCGUCAUGAAACUGUCUGGUGAUGUGAAGUGGGCAACUGGAUUGGUCUUUGAGCGUGAUGUCGACUCCGAUUCGCGGUCCUUCGAAUUCAGGCCGCAUUACGAUGUUGUUCUCAAGAACCCCAAGUUCGUUGAUCCUGCAGAGCGUGCGGGCUAUGACGCUUUCCGUGGCUUCCGCAGUGACCAUAUCCACCUGUCUGUCUCGGUCAUUGCUCCUCAGAGCAGGAACUGGUCUGUGGAUGAUGUGCAGCCAUCUUCAAGUUACAACACCACUCACUUGACUCCUCGCUUCUUCACCCACUUCUUCAACUGGUGGUCGCUCUUCUCCGGUGUGAUGUCUCUGCCCGUUCGCCAGGGUCCACUGUUCCCAGGAAUCACCAAGACCAGCAAGAAAUUCAACCGGCACCUGGCAACAGUCAAGUACAAGGUUCUUCUUGCACCGUUGUUUUUAGCGCAUAUCUACAAACAUAAGGACCGCGAAGACUAUGCCGAAAAUGUUGUGACUGCGACGGGUCUCAAGGUCCGCCUUGAUUCCUUGAAGUUGGACAUCCACCAGCGACGUGAGCAGAUAAAGACUCAGGCCAGAGGUCGCUCCAAGCAGACCAAGACUAGUGCGAUGCGCAUUAAUCAAGCCCUGAUCGACUUGCAAUCAGCUGAUUUCCGAGCCGUUUCUGCCAGUAUUGAAGGCACGAAUGCCGAGGAUCUCGAAUCAAUUAAGGAUGAUAUCAUUUCAUCUUUCCAACAGCCAUUGCCUUCAGUUGAUCUCUCCAAGUUCACAAUUCCCGAUCACAAUCUUGAUUGGAUUGAUAUGGACGACUUUGUCGAGCCUGACUGGAUUCUUCCUCAAGAGUCCAAUCCCCGGACACAAAUCUUGCCUCUUGCGUUUACCCCGCGUUUUACCUACUUCCGACAGACAGACCACGAGAACCUUGGACCUGAGGAGACCGGUUACAGUACUUUCGGCCACGAACCGACUCAUGACUGUGUUAUGUCCGAGACCAACGAUCCUCGCCGUGUCCAAAUCGAGUUGACGAAGGAUCGCCUUGCCACGGUUGAAGCUCAGAUUCAGAAUUACGAACGUACGAUUGGAGAGCAAGAACUCAAAUUGAUGAAGGAUGUCGAAAAUGAUCCAAGUCUGAAGGCCCGACACGAGGUCUUCCUCCGCCAGGCCGAGUCCCUUGCUAGGCGCCGACGAUUCUUGACCUCCACCCUGGACCGGCUCGAAAGACAUUUGGCACGCGAUGAACGAACUCCAAAUCGUAAUAAGUCAGGUCUUAGUGCGGCUGCGAGCGAAACCUCAUCCAGAGCUGGUCUAGAUGGAGACUCAACCACCGAUGGACGGGCAUCGGGCAUUGAUGGGCUCUACUCGUCCGCUGCCGAUGAUUUCUCUAGCGACUUUAACAACCGUUUCAUGAUUCACAAUGUGCAGUUGAAGUGGAACAACUCACUUCGCAACAUCAUCCUGCGCUACAGCCAUCAAGUGAGUCAGCGACGGGGCUUCGUCUACUACAUGUCUCGACGUGCAGUCAAGUUCAUUCUGGACAUUGUGGAGGAGCAAAACAAGAACAAACGGAAGCAGCCUAAAAUGUCAAAGUCGCACACUCUCAGCGACAAUGAUGAAGAGGACGUGGAAGACCGCAUCGAGCAGCUCCUUAAUGACGCGAAGCGAUAUGUCAAUGUCGAAGAGACUGAACCAUCCGAAUCACAGAACCAGUCGCCUUCAACUUCCGACAAUUCCAGUGAAAACAUUGCGCCAGAGUUCACUCCGCAGAACAGCUACUACUUGCGACUUAUCGCUCCUCAGAUCCAAUUCAUGAGCGAGAAGAACCGCAAGUCUGUCUUGAUGGUGGCUGCGAAAGGCAUGGAACUUAAGGUUGUCUCAAUCAUGGACAAGGAACGUGUCUCCGACGAUGUCAGCGGCUUGGUCCAGCGCCGCUUCUCUCUCGAAAUGGACGGCGCCCAGUUCUUCGUCGCGACGCAGAAGAACCUCAUGGCGAAUUUGCAGUUCUAUGCUGGUAACAAGUACGGCAAUGCGCCAGGAUCUGCGUGGCCACCUUGGUUGACCCUGGAAGCGAUGUCUGACUUUGAACUAAAUCCAUUUGGAUUCUCUCGCAUCGUUCAAAAGACUUCUGCCAGCCUCCGCUAUGACAAGUACAACAACCUGCGGUUGAAGUAUAACGAGGAGGUUGCGAAGGGUCACCCGGGCCCGCACCCUGGAGGCGACGAAACCAGGAUGGACCAGAUUAGUGUUGACUUUCCUCACUUCCGAGCGAUCUGCGAUUCUGCAGAGUACUAUUCCUUGUACAUCAUUGUGUUGGAUCUCAUGCUUUACAGCGAGCCACUUGAGAAAGUUCGCAAUGAGCGCUUGGAGAAGAUCAUGCUCACGUCCGACUUCAGUGAUCUCCGCGGCGCCCCCGAGGCUGUGUUCAAACUACAGUCCCGCAUCCGACAACUUGAGGAGAUUAAAGAAUACUUUCAGAUCAAUGCUAAGUACUUGGAUAAGCAGGGCUGGGAAGAUCGUUUGGCACUUGAGCACGACCUGUCUCAAUGUGAGGAUGAGUUGUUCUUCAUGAUGAAGGCAAUCACCACCGCUCAAAGACGGGCUGAUCCGAUGUCGUCUAAGACAGAUGGUGUCUUGCGCUGGAGUAUCUCUGCUACUGAAGUGGUCUGGCAUUUAAUGAAGGAGGCAUCUGCUCCUCUCGUCGAGUUCCAACUCAGGAAUGCUCAGUACGAGCGCACUGACAACACCGAUGGCUCCAACCACAACAUCGUGGCUGUCGAGCAACUCAGUGGACUUAAUCUUCUGCCGGAUGCGAUUUAUCCUCAGAUCAUUGCUCCGUAUCUGGAUCAACCGCGGCCCCUGAACGAUUUCAUGCUGCGUGUUAGAUGGCACUUGAUGGAAGCAGUGGCGGGUAUUCCCGUUGUCGACAACUUUGAAGUAUCUUUGUUCCCUCUCAAGAUACAGUUGGAGCGCGAGCUUGGUCAAAGACUCUUCGAGUACAUCUUCCCGAAUAUGGGCUCCGGUGCGUUUGAGAACGGCGGUUUCUCGCCUUUUAUGAUCAAGAACAUGAAACCGCUUGAUGCAUCCGAGGACGAAGAUGAUGACGAGGACGACUCGAACAACCCAAGCAUGACUCAGUCGAUGAGGACCGAUGAUGACAAUGGCUCCAUGGAUGACCUGUCAAUCGUGUCUAAGGGCCCCGGAUCCAUCGAAUUGAGACUCCAGCCAACCUUAUCGCUCUCCGAAGAGGGCAGGUCCAGUCGUCGCUCCACCCAUCUCAAGGGCCUUGCAAUGACGCCCAUUCCGAGAAGCAACACCGCUCGCCUUGGUGUGCCAGAUCCUAGUAAAGGACUGCCCCGUCCUGCAACCACAGGUAGUCUUGCAGGCAGCCUUGCGAAGAAACGAUCCGUGGAUAGCAUACGCAUGUUGGCGAAGGCGCCCACCGAAAGAUCCCUAUCCAGCCACAGUACAAGCACCGAAGAAAAGAAGAAGUUCGGUCUUGGCAAGGGAUCUCGCGGUAAAUCCAAGGAACCCACGGAUGAUCUCUCGCAAAUGAUGUCCCGAGCCUCGAAUUACAUGACCCUGGCUCGGGUCAAGGUUCACGACGUGGUUCUCUGCAUGAGCUACAAGGGCAAAGGAGAGCACAACAUCGAAGAUCUUCACGACUUUGUCUUCCGGCUGCCAGUUCUGGAAUACAGCAACAAGACAUGGUCCAACUUGGAUCUAGCUCUGCGCCUGAAGAAGGAUGUCAUCAAGGCGCUCAUUUCGCAUGCCCCCGCCAUCCUGGGAAACAAGUUCUCGCACCACCGACCAUCCAAGCAGCAGCAAAAGCGCUUCCGAGAGCUUGCGUCUUCGUCUCAACUCUUGCCUAAUUCGGGUAGCUUGUCGAAUUUCGAUCGAAGUCAAGCGAACAGUCUGGCGAGCUUUGACUCGAAUAGUGAGUAUUAUUCUGAGUCGCCGUCGCGAAAGUCUAUGCAGUCGAAUCCUUCGCCGUUGGCUCGUUCUCUGUCUCUCAAUUCGGAUGCUCGGGAGAACCAUGAUAAUACCAUUAGCGACUCUAAGUCUGCUAAUGAAGUUGAUGUGGAUUCUCGUUGGGAGGAAUCGCGCCGCUUUGUCAAUGCGCCCAUCAGACCCAUGACCUCGGGCCACACCGUCACUACUGUCAUCGCUGGCAGUGGCAGUGCCAAUGGCUCUGAACAAGAUGACAGUCACAAGAGAACCAUCCGCAAUUUCGGCCGGAAAUUGAUGAACCGGAAGUGA